AUGCGUAGCAUACUAUUCGUCCUUCUCUCCCUUAUUCCUAUUGCUUUCGCACUUGACUGCAGAAAGUUCUCAUUUGCACCUGCAUGUCGUGGAAUAAUGUUGAAGCGAUCUGAUGCGCCUGAACAAGAACAGUCAUCUGAAAUCUACCAGUUGACUCAGAAUUUGGAGACGCUAACCUCGCUAUUACGCCAAGCUGAAGCCGACGGCAUCAAAGAAUUGGGAGGAAAAUUGACAUACGAGACAACACUUCAUCACGCGCCUGCAUCCCAUUCUAUAAUGAUAUUGAAAUAA